CCUUGGAUAUUAAAUAAAAAUUAUGAACGUACUUCGGUUUAUCUUGAUGAUAAUAAAUCUAUUCAAUUAUUUAUUGGUGAAUCUACAGUUCAAGUAUGGCGUAAAAGAAAAAGUGGAACGUCAACUUCAAAAGCGUCAUCAUUAUCAUCUACGAAAGUUCUUGAAUAUAUUUGGACAAAUAAUUUUAAUAGACCAAUGCAAAUCCAAUCUUUAGAAGUUGGUCAUAAAGAAUUCUCUUUAACAUUAUAUAUUCCUUCUAUAAAUUCAUUUUCUGAACCUGGAGACACAGUUACACUUGAAUGGCCUGAAAAAGUUAAUCCUCCAGUACAUGCUUGUGAAGCAUUGGAAUUUUUUAAUGGGAAAAAAGGUCAAACUUUAGAUCCAAAAAGACAACAUCAAUUUGAUGAUUUGAUUCAACAAACUGAACGUAUCAUUAGAAAAUAUUUAACUAAAAAAUGUGGUUUAUGGAGGAUGUUAGAUAUACGUUAUGAUAUUAUGGCAAAUCUAAUUCGUGGUAAUUGUACAUAUAUUAUUAGAAAUAUUUUAUUUUCUAUAUCUGAUGGAAAAAAUGAUUAUUUACAUAUUCCGAGAUGUAAUUCAUGGGGUGGUCAACUC